CUGGCCCGGCUCUCCAGCCCGCCCGGUGCUGAGGGGUGCCGGGCAGGCUCGCCUCGCCUCGGCGACGGACCGGGCAGCGGAUCAGGCUCGCCCGGGUGCGGUUUUUUUAGUUGUGAACCACAGUUUUUUACUUCGGUGGGAGUAGCGGACUGAAAAGGAUAGGACUGUCACUCGUUCUUCAGGGGUGUGUGGCCCUGUCGCAAAAAUUAGUGAGGAACUUAAAAGUGUAGUGAGCCAUGCAGCAUUAACGUUUAGUGAAGCGUUCUCUUUAAGUGCUUUUAAAGGUAAUUCUGAAGACCAUGUUGAUUUAAAAAAAAAAAAAAGCAAAGUGUUAAUAAGGCGAAGUUAGAACAGCCUUUCUGGCUCCCAGUGUGAAUGUUCGUAGUGUUAAAUGAGUAUUGAAUAACUUGGACUGUUUCAGUCGGCUUUGCCUUUAAAUAGUUUUCAAGUAAAAUACGUGAUCAUGAUGUUCUAGUAAAUUUCAUGUAAUGUGCAUUAUUUGUUACCAGUCCAUACAGCUAGAUGCUAAUACAACUUAGAAUCAAUUGUUUGUUUGUUUAUUUAUUUGUUGCCAGCACUCUGUGGUAUGGAUGCAUGCCAAUGCAUUUAAAUGUGACCAGAAUUAAGAUUUAUUUUAGAUGAGCCAAUACGAAUUUAGGCAGGGAGUCAUUAAACAAAGUCAUUCUUUGCCAGAUACUGACAUGGUUGGUCUGUUUUGUAUGGGAAUGCUAUGUCCUCCUUGGUUAGGAAUGAGGAAGAAAAUUUUGCUCCUACCUGGUAUCUCCUGAGGCAGAAAGUUCUGUGUAAAAGUAGUAAUUCUGGAGACUUGCUCUGCUAGUGCAGCUUCUGCAGCUCAGACUAACCUUUACUGUCACAAGGUGCAUGACUUGUCAGUCAGUUGUUGGUUUUGUCCAAAAUAACAACCCUUUUUUGGAAGGUGACUUUUUCAACUUAUUUUAAACAAGCGGUCUGCUAAAAUAUCUUGUGGGAGUUUUAUCAAGUUAUUCUCUUCCGUACUUAGGGAAUAAAAAAAAAAAAAAUCCUCCCUGUCAUCAGUAGCAACUGGUUAUCUGUCUUAUACGAAGUGUAGGUAAGAUAAAAUUUUCCGUGACCGGAGCUGAGUGUCAUUUGAAGGUAUCAGUGCUCAGCUCUCGGUGCUCCCACCCACUCGGCACCAUACGUGGUGUGGUGCACUGGGUGUGUUGCAGAUGGGGUGUGUAUUUAUCAGGGAGUAUGUAGCAAAAUCUGAGCAGUUAUUGUGCAAGGGGUUUCUCUUUGCGUUGCGUGGAGUCUGCUUUUGCUGUGUCGGUGACUUGCUGUGCCCUGUGUGCACUGACCUGCGCCACCUGGAAACACGAUUCCUGGCAUCAUCAUCAUCAACGGAUAGAAUUUGUGUGUAACAGUUAAAUUGAAGUUAGUUUUCUUCCUGACCUUCUGAAAUGUAGUUUUAUAUUUCAGUAGUCCUUGAUUAUAGCAGACUAGUUUCAUUUAAAAAAAAGUAAGGUACUUCUAACUCAUUCUAAUACAUAGUACCAUCUUAAUUCAACUAAAGUUUUUUUUGAGGAUUGUGGUAGGAUUUAUUUAAACUAGUUAGAUAUAUUAAGAAUUAAGUCUGUAUAUUUUAGUACAUCAGUCUGAUGUGUGUUGUUAGUUUGAAUUUUAUAUUACAGUUGUACUGCAGGUAUUCAUUCUCCUUAAAAUUCAACUUUUCCCCUCUAAUCUGUUGGUCAAUAGGCUGAUGGUGUUGAUUUGUGACUGAAUGUUGCCUUUGUAUCAGACUCAGAUAUUUGCUAUUGAGAGGAAGUGUAUUACAGGCAAACAUUUUAAAUGCAUUUGUUAAUUCAUAUUCUUUAUCUUGCAUUAUUGUUGUUUUGUAAAAAGUUAUUUUACUAGAUUUCUUGAAGUGUGUUGAAGUUCUGAUGUCCCUUUGGUUAAUGUUUACCAAAUAUGUUACAAAAUUAUUCCUUAAAUAAAGCAGGUACACAAUAUACAGGGAAGCUUAUAGAAUCCAUGUUUUUAUUAAUAAAAUGAAAUUUAAAGUGACAGUGUUAUCUAGUUAAUUAAUUCAGCAAGAACUCUUGCUCUUGUUACCAUAUCAGACGUAACUAAAAAAAAGUGUUCUUUGUCCAAGACAAGGGACUGGUAUUAGCAAAUGUUGAUCUGGCUUUUCAAAUAUGCUGGCUUCUGCUGUGCAGCCAGUAACAGUCACAAAUUCAGUAGCUUUGUUUUUCUUAUGCAGGAAGAGUCUACUGGCUUAUUUUUUAAAAGUAGAGCCACCUAAAAAUUACGGCAGUUAGUAGUUUUGCAAAACUUCUGUAACACUGAAAUACAUUUCAAUUUUUAAAUUUUAUGUCACAAGAUUAUACAGUCUUAAAAUAUCAGUUAUUUUGAGGAGUUUGAAGUGUAAGACUGAAGCAGGACUACAGAAAACUUUCCUUUUGGUAGUCUUAUUUAUAAUAUAAAUAAUGAGGUGGAUAAUAACAUGAAAAUUUGUGCUGAGCAUCAUUAAACUUGAGACAGAGCUUAAAAUGUUGGUCACUGCAUGUGCCUUGUCUAACCUGGAAUUUCUUUGUUAACCGCCAGCAGAGCUCAACUGAUGAUGUUCCUAUUAAGGAAAUCUUGGACUAGAAAUUGAGUAAAAUUUGUAUGAUCAAAUGCAGAGGUGGCCAAACUUCAUGACAUCCAGCUGUGUACCAGAUCUUUAUGUGGCUGAGGAGCGCUGCAUGCCUCAGAGCUGGGAUGUGCAAGAGGAGCUCACAGAUGUGGUGACGGUGAUUCCCUAGGGCUCCUGGAUUGCUGCGGGAGGGAACUGAACUUUAUGUAGCUGGGUUCUCUGUUGGCUCAGGCUCUUGGAGCUGGCACUAGUUGUGUGACAGAGCUGUGCUCGGACUGCUGACGAGUUCGUGUAGCUGAGGCAAUGAAUUGGCCUUGUACAGUUGUAAUAUCAGAAAGCAUCAUGAGCCAUAUCUGCCAUAUGUUUGCAUUGUGGUGUUUUCCACUCUGGCAUCAGCUGUUUUGGUCGGGCGUGUUACAAGGUGCGAUUUGAUGAGCUUGUGAACUUUCAUGUCUGCAAAAGUUCACUGUGUUAACAAGCUCAACCAGGUGUUACCUUGCAUCACUUCUUGAAUCGCUUUGUUAUUGUAUAUGCAAAUAAAGCAUAUGAAGUGUAACUAUAGCUUCCUGUCCAUGUACAGUAGUCUCACCUCUAGCUGGAUCCAAAGUAUUAUGCAAAUUCGUUAGCACAUUUAGGCAAACCUGUGGGAAGUUCCACUCUAUUUGUAAUGAACUAGCUCUUGGUAUUUUUAAAUAAAUACCAAGAUCCAAUAACUGUUAGAUGUUCUUCCAUUUUCCUCUUGCUAUAUGAAGUAAUCUGAUACCAGUAUUAGUGGCAUGUUGAUUGUAUGUGAAACGAACAUACUUGUGACAUGCAUUUUUAAUUUCUUACUUCAUAUCUUUUUGUUUCCACUUGACAAAAAAAUCAGAUUUGCACUAGUUUUAAAAAGCCUGUAUCUUGAAGACACAAAAAGUUAACUCAAACAUCAUGCUUCCUUCUCUGUAAAUGUGAUAAAAACCCCUUCAAGCAACAAAGCUUAAUUCAAUACUCAUGCACUCUCUAUAAUUAUGUCAGCAUAUGGAUGAAUAGGAAGAAUUCACCUUUCGAGAUGUUCUUCAAUAGAGAUCUCUUCCCAGGCAAAGUAGAAGUUGAUUUUAUGCAAAUGGAUUCACUUGAUUCUGGUUACUCAAAGCAGAAGUGCCUUGAAGGAACAGUGUUUCGAGCCUACUUGUGUUAGAACAUUCUGUGGUGCCUACUACUGUAUGCCAUUCAAUUUGUGGUUUAUUUAUGACCACUCUAUAUAUCAGGCAGUGUUACCUGGAAUUGAGAAAUAUUUUUCUUUAGAGUUUCUAUAAAAUAAGAGGAUGGAUAAUUUUGUUCCUUCCUGAAAAGCAACUUGUAUGUUUAGUGUGACAUUGUGUAUGAAAUCUAUUUAGGACAGUGUUUAGAAGAGCGUUUUUUCCCCCUAGUUUGUGGCUUAUGCUUUCUAAUUUCUGGCCAAAAAAAUACAUGUUUUCAUUAAGAAAAUGAGUUAGACACUUGGUAAAUUCAAAGUAUACCAAAUUCUUACCAGGUCCAGCUCACAGGCAAGCUAUUAAGCUACACAUAUCAAAACCUAAAACACUAAAUCAAGAUCAAUGUGCAGUAAAAUAUGGUAUUAGCUGUAGAGUACUACUUGUUACAGAGAUGAAACCUGGGGAAUGCUGAAGUUGCUUUAUGCUGAAGGUUAUUCAUCAGUGAAUGUUAGAAUAAGCUUUUCUACAGCCAUUGUGAAAAGAGCUGGUUGGAUGCCUUAAUUUGUGCCCAAGAUGUAUGCAGUGUGAUACAAAAUUUGACUUCAUAACUAGAAAGCAUCACUGCAGAAGGUGUGGAAAGUGUUUCUGUGACAAGUGCUGCAGUAAAAAAGUGCCUCUGCCUCGCAUGUGCUUUGUGGACCCUGUGCGGCAGUGUGCUGAAUGUGCCCUCAUCUCUCAGAAAGAAACAGAGUUUUAUGACAAACAGCUUAAAGUACUCAUGAAUGGUGCUACAUUCUUUGUAACUCUAGGAACAUCUGAUAAAUCUGAGCUCAUGGUUUGUCGACUUUCCAACAAUCAGAGAUAUCUGGUUUUGGAUGGAGACAGCCACUAUGAAAUUGAAAUUAUACAGAUUUCAACUGUUCAGAUACUUACAGAGGGAUUUACUCCCGGAGAAAAAGAUAUUCACACUUACACCAGCCUUCUGGAGAGCCAGCAUAUUACUGAAGGAGGGAAUACUCGUGCCAUAGGUAUGAUUCUGCAGUAUAAGGUACCAGGAUCAGAGGAGCUAAUGCAGAUGAAAUUUACAGCUAGUGAAGACUUCAGCUGUAACAAGAAGCUGUCAGCAAGCUGGCUGGCAGCUAUGCAUAAGGCAGCAAAACUUCUUUAUGAGUCCCGGGACCAGUAAGAACAGCAAACUGUUGGCUGCUUGAGGGAAGACACCAGCCUCCAUGGACCUGCCUCUCACUUUUUGCUAAUUUGACAGCUGGUAACAUUUGCUGUUCUUGACCCUUUCUCAUUCCAGUGUGGUUCAUUAUGUAAGAACUGGCAAAUGCAAUGUGAGUAUGAGUAUUCACUAUAGUGUGCAAUAUGUAUACAAUUAAUGCUUUAAACAGCCUCACCUUUUAAGACUUUGUAUAUUUUGUUAAGCCUUUAUUGGCACUUAAUAUGAAAGUGACCUGCACUACAGCUAAUGUACAGCACAACUUUUAUAGUAACAAUUAUAAAUACUGUUUGCUACAAAAAGCAAACAAAUGUGUAUGUCUCUUCUGCAGAGAAUAGCUUUUGGGUAUAGAUCUCAGGUUUUUCCCUCUAUCCAAAUGUUUAAAAUCGAUGUACAAUAAAAUCUGCCUUAGAUAUGA